GGAUUUUCGGGGCACUCAAUCGUUUUGGGGUACAGUUGCUAUGAGGUUCAAUGUGGUAGUAGUCGGGGCUUGGGGUACAGAGUGUACUUUCGGACGCAUUAACCUACAGAUCCUGGACGGUUCUUUUUUUUGUUGCACGAGUAUCUGUUCCUAAUUUUUCCGAAUAUCUUUUUUUUGGUGAAUCGGUCCGCAGCGUGCAUCAAGUCCUUCCAGUGUAAUUCGGACCACUAAUAGGAAGCAUACCACCGAUAGUUUUCGGGUUAGUUGGAUGUCGGCCUUUUGGUCUUCUCGUUUCUUUUGCCUGCAACCUAGACUGGCGAAAACAAGUUCCAAGAAGAGAUACCACAGAGUAUCUCUUCGGGUUCUAAUGGAUUAGCACGGAUGAGGGGGCAAGGAAGUUCCAGGACCAGUUACGAACCGGGCAGUAGUGAAGAUAUUGCGAUACUAUAGUCGUGGAAUGUAUACCCGCGAUGUUGUCCAACUUUUCGAAGAAGUUGAGAAUUGGCGGGCGCGCAACUUUGCCAGAGCUUUAUUAUCUAUGACUCGCAUAAGCCGCUGCUCCCGCUAGACCGAAAAAAAGUUGAUCCUACAACUCGGUUCCAACUGUACACCAUACAUGCACCUCGGCGUACAUCUUUCGGAUAUAUAGAUCAUAAAUUCAUAUGGUCGCUACUAAAUCUCCCCCAAAAAUAAUACCAAAAAAAAGAUAUGCGACCACACCACUAAAAACACCAAUAUCACCAACAACAACACCAUCAACAGAACGCGGGGGGAGACCAUGAAUUCGCGAGAUGUGGAGACGAAUAUAAUAUAAUCGAAUAUAUAUAAUUUUUAAUGUGUGAUGUGUGUUCUGGUGUGGAGUUGUUGGAUUCUCUGUUUUUUUGUUGUUGUGUGUCUUUUUUGUCUGUUAAUGCACAUUCGCGAAAAACUUUUCUGCACUUUUUCUUGCCCACCAAUUACAACACGACAACGACGACGGCAACAAGAUAAUUUCGCGGGAUUUUUUAGUUUUUCGUCGAUGUUUCUUCUUCGACGGCUGCUGCUGCCUUUUCCCUUUUUUUGUUCCUUGGUGUGUGUUUUUCAAUAGAUAAAGUUUUGAAAAAAAAAUUUAAUAGAAAUCGGUUCAAAUAGAAAAAUCUCGAUAUGAGAGCAAUUUGUUAAAUUGGAUAUAAUUGAUUUUAAAUAAACCAAGAAUAAUAAAAAUGUGAUUUAAAUGAUAGUAAAAACGAUUGAUAUAUCCUUCUUUGUUCCUGAACUCUAGAACUUCAUGCUUGGAUAGUACGGGUCGGGAAUUUACUCAUGGAUUUAAAAAAAUAAAAUAUAGAAAAUCCUGGGUAUCCUCAGUGAAUUAUUAACAUUUUUAUUUUUAAAUUUUGUUAAGGUUUAGUUAUUUUUUUUUUAUUUUAUUUUUUUUUUAAGUUUAAAAAUUGUGCAAUAAUUAAGAACAUCCAAAAGUUAUUUCGCCAGGCUUAAUUCCCAAGUGAGAAAAUGCUAAUAAGAAAAAAGUAUUAAUUAUUAUAUCUUUUGACCUAAAAAAGUACCCUAAUGAGGGUUAGUCUGUACACCGAAACUUUGGAUACCAAAUGGAGAAAAUUCAAUCAUUCCUGCCAAGUGAAAGCAUAUACUAACCUCCAGAUUCCUUAAAGGUUGGAAAAUAGUGAAAAAUAAAACAAUUUUAUAAUUAACCAUCCAAAUUUAUAGAAAAACCUAAACCUAAAUCGCCCCAAAAAAUACUAUAACAUACUUUCCAAAGUUUCUAACGCGUGUAAUCUGUGAAAAUCUAUUCCACGAGGAAAAACUCCAGCGAAUCAAUUAAUAUCGAAAUUUUUUACUUAAUUAUUCCUGCCUAUCCGAGCCGCACCGAAUGAUGUUUUAACAAAAAGUGAUUUUCAUCUAGUUAUUUUCUAUUUUCUUCGACUUUUCAGAUGUUCUCUACUCAUUGGAAUUAUUACUUUAAAAUGAAAUAACGGAAAAAAUCUAAAAAUUACAGUAGCAGAAAAUUCUAGGACAAUGAGAGAAAAAUUCAAAAAUUCAAGUAAAACAUUUCGUGAGUGUUUAUGAGUUUAAUAAAAAAAGUGGAAAAGUGAAAAUUGUAGAUUUACUGAAAACUUUAUUUAAAUCCAGAAUGAUAGUUUUUGUAAAUAAAUAAAUUUUAUUAAUUAUAGCUCGUAAACUAAAAGAACCUUUAAAUAAUUUAAGGAAAAAAAAAACGUUUCUCCCUUAUUUCAAAUGGAUUUUGUGAGGUUUUCUUUCUGCUUGAAUGAAUAUAUUCCCCUCCCUCACCCCGUAUCGACGGUGAACAGAAAAACUUUUAAAUGUCCUUUAACGUAAUAAAUUCAAAAUUUUAACGGAUGUGUGAUGAUUUUAAUUAAACUUUUAAAUAAUUUGGAAAAUGUGAUUGCUGUCAAGCUUUGAAUGUAAUCGAGAAAAGAGAUCUGUGAUUGAAAUUUUGGAAUUUUUCCUGUUUAAAAUUGAAGUGCAAGAUAAAUGACGCUCUCCAUGCGAUAUCAACUUUCUGAAAAAUCAAAAUCCAGCAUAAAAUUGCGUGGACCACAUACUAAAAAGAAGAAAUAACAUUUAAAUUUCUGUUUAAACCAUCGAUCAUCUAUGGAAAUCCCAUCUGAUAAAACUAGAGAGAAACAAAUACGGAGUAUAAAUGAAAGGUUUUCGAUACAACCUAAAAAUGUGAAGGACUAUGUAGGAUAAAGAUUGAAACAUAUUCGACCCUUUGAAAAUCAAAAAGGGCUACUAAAUAUACCAAAAAGGAAGAGAAAAACCAUCGUUAAAAAGUUUUAACAUUUAGCAAGAUCUCGUUUACCGGCGGCCCUUCUAUAAUUUUAACAAUUAUGUGUAUAUAAAUCUUUGUUUGUUAAGAAAUAAAUAAGAAAACAUCAUGGCGAUCAAUUUUUCGGCGUCUUUCGCUGCGUGUUUAGCGGCCGGAUUAAAAGUGCCACGACAAAUAAUGUAUUGUAUAUCACAAGAUACUGGUGCUCCCUAUGUACUAUACAAGGAUUCACAAGAAGCAGCAGAACGAACGGCCCUGGGCGGUGCUGGAGGGCAAUGGGGUACUGAUGUUUAUUCAACUAUGCAACAAUCACAAGCACAUUUGGCAACACAAAACGCUCAAAAUACAGCACCGCAAAUAACCGCAGCUACAGCUGCUGCGGUAGCUGCUCAACAACAGCAGCAACAACAACAGCCACACAGUCCAAACGGUGAUCGCGACCAAAAUCGUGAUGGUGGUCCACAUCAGACUGUUCUGCCAUCACCGUCCACAAGUCCUUAUCCGCAACGACCUAAUAAUGGUCAAGAAGAUGAUGUGGCUAUGAACCAAGUGGCAAGUUUACAACAGCAACAGGGGGUCCAAUCCGGUCAGCAGCAGUCAAAUCAAGCAGCUCAGCAGCAAAGUCAAAAUCCAAACCAAAGUUCUAAUGAUCAGCAGCAGAAUAUUGAAAGUAUGUCAGUUGGCGAUCCCCAAUCCGCUGCGGCUGCAUCACAACAACAACAAAACCAACAGAAUGGUGGCAAUCCGCAACAAGGCGGUGGUCAAUGUUUCGAUCCACCACAAACUGAACUCAGUGGUUACUAUGCACCCCGCCAUCCAGGACCUCAAGGUGCCAUGCUUGCAACGGCCGCGGGCUUCCCACCACUGCACUAUCUAAACAAGCCCGUGUUGCCUGGUAUGGGCGGUAAUAUCGACCAAAACGGUGCACUCGAGUAUGCAAUGCCAGACCUGCUACCCGGCCACGGAAUGCAUCAAGCGACAGCAACUCCAUCGCCAAGUUCACAUAAAACGAAGCCACAAAACGAUUUACGCCUAUUCAAGUGCGUAACAUGUGGAAAAGAUUUCAAACAAAAGAGCACACUCUUGCAACAUGAACGCAUUCAUACAGAUUCACGACCGUAUGGUUGUCCUGAGUGUGGCAAACGUUUUCGACAGCAAUCACAUUUAACGCAGCAUUUACGCAUCCACGCCAAUGAGAAACCAUUCUCGUGUGCCUAUUGUCCACGCAGCUUCCGACAGCGAGCCAUACUGAAUCAGCAUAUACGCAUCCAUUCGGGUGAGAAGCCCUACGCAUGCCCCGAGUGCGGCAAGCACUUUCGCCAGAAGGCCAUCCUCAAUCAACAUGUGCGCACCCACCAAGAUGUAUCACCGCAUCUCAUAUUCAAAAAUGGACCACAUCCAACAUUGUGGCCGCAAGAUGUACCAUAUCCUGGUGAUGAGACUGAAACCAAAAAUGAAAUUGGCGGAUAUCCGGAUGAUGCAUCACAAGGUACGCCUGAUUCUCGUGCAUGUUUUUCACCUGAUGGAACUGGUCUUUUUCAUUAUCCUGAUCACUUUAAAGAUGGUAAAGGUCUUAAUCAUUCAGUGUUUGGUGGAAAUCUUGGAUCUUUACAAUACAUCAAACAAGCUGGUAGUGGUACUGGACCUAACGGGCAAAAAGGCAUGCUACCGGACGUUAUACAACAUGGACGAUCGGCCGGCAUGCCAUUGUACGUACGAUGUCCAAUCUGUCAGAAGGAAUUCAAACAGAAAAGUACACUUCUGCAACAUGGCUGUAUACAUAUAGAGUCACGUCCAUAUCCAUGCCCGGAAUGCGGGAAGAGGUUCCGUCAGCAAUCACAUCUAACGCAACAUCUGCGGAUACACACGAACGAAAAGCCAUAUGGCUGUUUGUAUUGUCCGCGAUUCUUUAGACAGAGGACAAUUUUAAAUCAACAUAUUCGGAUUCAUACGGGUGAGAAACCAUACAAAUGUGCACAAUGUGGAAAAGAUUUUAGGCAAAAAGCUAUAUUGGAUCAACAUACCAGAACGCACCAGGUAGGUGACCGACCAUUCUGUUGUCCAAUGCCAAAUUGUCGGCGAAGAUUUGCAACCGAGCCCGAAGUGAAGAAGCACAUAGACAACCAUAUGAAUCCACAUUCAUCGAAAUCACGUCGACACCUCAACCAUAUGUCGAAUGAUGCGAAAAACGCUGCAGCUGCAGCACAAUUCUUAAACUCAAUUGAUAAUAAGGCGAAUGCAAUACCACGAAUGGGACCAGUUGUAAAGCAUGAAUUGUACUUUCCACAAUGUUACGGACCUCCAUUACCAUUUAACCAAGCCUUCGGAGCACAACAGCAGCAACAACAACAGCAACAGCAGCAGCAGCAACAACAACAGCAACAACAGCAGCAGCAACCCCAAGCUGCACAUGGUAGUACGGCAACCGUAACACCAGGUGUAACGGUCACAGGUACACCAACUGGUGCUGGUACCGUUGUGACAGUUGCAAGUAGUGGGGCUGGGGCCAGCACACAACCGAACGCUACGACCGUGGUUGCACAGUGACAAAUAACGCAUUCAAUAUUUGGAUCUCUUUGAUAGAAAGUGAAAACGAAUUAGUCAUUAAUAGACGAAACAUAGUGAAAACAUCAAAAAGUGCUCCUUAAGAUGAAGUUUUUUUUUAUUUUAAAUUUUAGAAUCAAACAAGUGAAAAAAAAACACAAAAAUAUCUUUCAAACAAACAAUGAAAUGACUGUACAUUUGGGUUUUUGUACGUAUCGCUUUGUAUUAUAAAAAUAUCACAAAGAUGAAUAUGAUUAUUUUGUUAUACUGUGUAUAUUAGUUUUAUACAGUAAGUAAGAAUCAAUUGUAUACCAUAUAAACAUACAUCAAUUACUUUUUAGAGAUUUUAUAAGGAUCAAGCAGAAAGUUAGUUUUACAACUAUUUUAGAGAGUCUUCGUGAAAAGGACUUUAAACCUGUUUUUUCGUUUUUUCUUUACUCUUUUCCCAGAAGAAAAGGAAACACUUCGUUCAAGUCUUAUCAUUUUUAUUAGGUUUUUUUUUUCAUGUAUACAGACAUAGGAUAACAACUGAAAUGGUUAGAUUUAUUAAGCGAAAACGGAAAGAGAAAAGUGAACUUCGUGCCUCUACUAUCCACAAGAAAACUUUUAAUGUAGGAAAGCUACUGCUCAAAGAUCGCAACCAGACACUUUUAAUUGCACAACUCCAUUUCACUCAAAAUUAUUCGAUCUCAAUUGAAAAUUGUUUUCUGUUUAUACAUUAAUUGUAGAUUGUUAAAAAUUUUCUUUCAUUUAUUCAUCACCAAGUUGGAAUGCUGCGUGUAAAUAGAGACAAAGGGCAAUAGUCUAACUUUCAGUUCUUUGGUAUACAAACAACUUUACAUCCUUGAGAUUUGGCUGCAUAUUUUUUGUAAAUGAUUUAUUCACACGCCCGACAAAUCCUUCAAGACAUCUGAGAAUUCUGGAAUCUAGCUAAAUUCAGGUCCAUUAAAACAAUCAGGAAUUCAUUACAACAAUAUUAUGUUAUACUACGUUAUACACUACCAUUUACAGCGAUGAUAAGCAAAGCUACCGAAGACCUUUGAUUUUGAAGUGGCGAACUGGAAACCAAAUGGAUCUGAUUCGAAAGUUUAUUGUCUCAAGUCUGGAGUGAAAAUUCAAAUCGCAUCCUAGUCCUUGCUUAGUGCAAAAAUAACGUCACAACAGUAUUAUUAUCAAAAAAUUUCGGCUUUAUUCAAACACGGAAAAAACUUAUGGCUGUGUUGUACGCGGUGUUAAUUGCAACCGUCGCGUAUAAGGUUCCACUUUUAACUUCAAUCUCCAUAAAUAACUUUUGUUGCAUGAAUUGAUAAAUUGUGAUCGACGCGAAAAGUAUGCAACGGGUAAGGUUCUUUCAUUUCGUGCAGUGCCAUACUAAAUAAAAUUAAGUUACUUUUAAAUAACGAUACAUUAAGAAUGCGAUAAUGUUUCUUAAAGUUGUUUAAUUUUGAUUGUUAACAUGUUUAGAUGAUAUAGGACCGUUAAAACGUGUAUAAGAUACUUUGGAUGGUUGAUGAUGUCCGAAUCCAAUACGUAAAACGUAAUACAUUGCCAUAAUUUGACGCGACUCGCACUUCGAAUUGAUUCUUUUGUUGGUUUUCAGUUUCAAUUAGGCAUUUUAUCAAGGGCACAUUUAUAUCUGAUGGAGUGUAAAGAUGUAUGAUAAAUUGCUCUUACAAAGUUUGUAAAAUGCCCUAGGACACAUUUCAUCCACUUCAUCAUGACAUCAUUGCGGUCCAUUUAUCCUUUUCCAUUCUGUGUAGCUUUGCUUUCAUCGUUAGCUACUUUGCGGUUAGCUUUAUUUCUCAAAAUAAAUAAUUCCUUUUCUUUAAUUUUAUACAAAAAUCUCCACAAAAUCCAAUUAUUUAAAAGAUUCCACGGACCUUUUCCACCCAGUCGAUGAAAAAAUGAAAACAAUUACGUUAAUUUAAAUAAAAAAAAUUGAAAGCAAAAAAAUUAUGAAUUCGGCAAUAUAAUUAUCGUUUAAAUUAUAGAAUAUAAAAUGUGAUAUAGACCCUUAGAAAGUCUACAAACUAUAUUUCUUAACCUAAAAGGAAAUAAAAGAAAGAAAGUUGAAUCGUGUCAUCUUCCCCUUACAACAGAAAAGUAAAAAUUUAUUAUUUUAAGUACAGGAGAGAAUAAAUAGCGUAUAAACAUAAGUCGUUGUAGAAAAAGCAAAAAAAGAACUACAACUAUUUUAAACAACACGAAAAGUUCGUAAAGUUAUAAACACUUUUUUGAGGUUUCUCGGAGUAAUAACUCACAAACCAUACCGAAAGCAAACA